AUGUUUCCGGGAAGAUUGACGAGCGAGCAAGGUAUCUUCGAUAUCUUCCACGCUUUCGCGAUUCUUUCGAGUUUCACAUGAAAUCUCUAUUAAGAUAGAAUUACCUUUGUACUACUAUUAAUAUUGUUAACAAUAUGACAACGUAAUUUCAAGUGUCUUUUUACAUUUGAAUGAAAAUUUAGUUAGAAAAUUUCAAAUAAUCUUUUCCAUCUGUUGCAGAGUGCAACGAAGAAGAAGUGGAUUGUUCUUCGGAAGUUCAUCCAGUAAAUGCUCUUUAUGCUUUUGAUUGUUGCUCAGAAAGCCUUGAUUAUGAUAUUGGCUUUCGGGCAAUAAUCAUAAUCACGAAAGGGCAGAACCUCAACUCUGCCUGUUGCCGAUGGCACCUGUUACUUCAAGAAAUUAAAACUUUGGAAUAUAAAACGAAAAAUCUAUCUGGUUUGAAACAAUAUUAUCAUUACAUUAUUAUUAUCGUAUUACAAGUUACAUUUUACAACAAUUUAUCUAGCUAUGAAUCUAAUAAUAUGUUAAUUUUUUUUUUUUUUUGUAUAAAUUCCCCUAUCAUCAAUACAGAUUAUAUAACUCUAUAAAAACGUUCUUCUAGAAAUAUUAUAUAAUACCGUUUCAGAAACUUAUUGAAUACCAGAUUGAUUGAGAAAGAUCAACGAAAGGAAUCGUUUUCAAUCCCUGCGGGUAUUUAUGUAGAAAAUAAAUUGGUGCUGUAGACUUACGCUCAAAUAAAAAUAACGAAAAGGAAAGACCGUCUUUCAUACUGCAGUUUAUUCAAUUUCAUCCGCGAUACUCUCGACCAAUCUUCAUCCACUCUGAAACGGAUUAAAUUAUUCCUUUGAAAUUAUAAUUCUACACUUGACUCGUGAAAUCGCCGACUAAUUGUUACUUGAACGAUCAAUCGACCGAUGCUUACAAUUAAUUGUACUGUCACUGAUAUGUAUCGUACACUCGAUAAUAAACGAUCGUUUUGUAUGAUAUAUUUGCCUAUCUAAUCUGUUUCGAAUUUUGUUCAUUCAUCAUGCACUUUAUAUUUCAUAUAAAUAAUAUUGCGUAUGACUGUUAACAUUACUUUAUAUCAUUUUUUAUUAUAAGUUAUUAUAGUCGUUUCAUUUAUUAUACUUAUUUUCGAAAUAUGUUGCGCGUACGAUUGGAAAUACUAGAUAUAUUAUUAAAAAGCAGAAACAUUAAUGACAUUCAUUAAUAAAAUAUAAAAAUAUUUGUGUUAUUUCAUUCGUAAUGAAUCAGUAUAAUAUUUUCAUAUAUUCUUUAUAUUUAUAAUAUCUUUAUAGAUAUAUAUUUCUAA